AUGCUGCUCUUAAUCCGAGGUUGCUACUAUUCAAGAAUCUCGCACAGGAUGCCCAUUUUACUCCUUAGAACGCUGUAACGCCUCACCAAUAAGU